CACAGGAGCUAUGUCCCUCUCUUCGCGCUACCAUCGAGCUAUGGCUUUGGCGGUUAGGGUUUUGAUGGAGCUGUGAGGUGCCGCUGGCGCUGCAUUUCUCUUGCCGGAUUUCUCGGGGGUUUUAGUGCUAGGUAGAUCGAUUUGUCGAGUGGAUGGCCCUAGUCUCCGCGCCGCCAGAGCCGCCACUCACAGACCAGCCGAAAUCCGCGAUCAGGGUCACGGAUUCUCCCAGCUUGCAGCAGCAGCCGCAGGAAAGAUCCAAGCACGGGCUCCUGUCAGUGGGAUACAACCAGGAUUAUGGCUGCUUUGCUUGUGGCACCGAGACGGGCUUCCGGAUCUACAACUGCGAGCCCUUCAAGGAGACGUUCCGGCGAGAGUUUAGCCACGGCGGCAUCGCCAUCGUGGAGAUGCUCUUCCGCUGCAACAUCCUCGCGCUCGUCGGCGGCGGUGCCAAUCCAAAGUACCUCCCCAACAAGGUGAUGAUCUGGGACGACCACCAGAGCCGCUGCAUCGGCGAGCUCUCCUUCCGCUCGGACGUUCGCGCGAUUCGGCUGAGGAGGGACAGGGUGGUGGUGGUGCUCGAGCACAAGAUCUACGUCUACAAUUUCUCGGACCUCAAGCUCCUCCACCAGGUGGAAACGAUUGGGAAUCCAAGAGGGCUGUGCGCGCUGUCCCCGGCGUCCUCCAACUCGGUGGUGCUGGCCUGCCCGGGGCUCCACAAAGGCCAGGUUCGCGUGGAGCAGUAUGGGCUGAGGAAGACCAAGUUUAUCUCGGCCCACGACUCGCAUCUCGCGUGCCUGGCGCUCACUUUCGAUGGUCGGCUCCUCGCCACUGCGAGCAUCAAGGGGACGCUCAUUCGCGUUUACAACACUUUGGAUGGAACACAGCUCCAGGAAGUUCGCAGGGGAGCUGAUCGUGCUGACAUCUACAGCAUUGCCUUCUCGACCACUGCGCAGUGGCUGGUGGUGUCGAGCGACAAAGGAACGAUUCACGUCUUUAGCUUGAAAGUUCCGGCCGAGGCGGAUGCCGCCGAGAGCACCAGUGCUGUGGCUGCUGCUCCUGCUAACCAGGACGCUGGAAGCCCCGAGAGCCCAAUCAAAUUCGCAUCGGGUAAUCCAGGCUCCACUCUUUCUUUCAUGAGAGGGGUUCUUCCCAAGUAUUUCAGCUCCGAGUGGUCUUUCGCGCAGUUUCGCCUGCCAGUCGAAUCGCGCUCCAUUGUUGCUUUCGGUCCCCAAAAGAACACUGUCCUCAUCGUUUCAUCCGAAGGAAGCUUCUAUCGAUGCUCUUUCGAUCCCGUCAACGGCGGCGAGAUGAUCCAGCAAGAGUACGCAAAGUUUGUGUAGUUCUAAGCAACGUGUGUGUUCUUCCUGUACAGAAGUUUUAACUACGACGGUGUAAAUAUACUUCUAUAGCAUGAAAGCUA